CCGGAAAAGGGUCUGAACCUGCAAAGAAAAGACGGUUAGAGUGGAAUUCGAAUCGUCAAAAAUGGUGCGCAAACAAUAUUUGAUUAAAUUAGCCAUUACAUUGGUGCUUAUCGCUCUUCCCAUAACUAUAAUGGGAUUUACUGCCGGCUUUAAGCACGAGGAUCUCAAAUUCAAGACAAUGCUGGCCUGCAUGUUGACGGCACUGCUUUUUCAGUACUUGGUCGGUGACCCGGUUCGGUUCGCUAUCCUAUCAAUCGACGAAGCUCUCUGGCCAUCACGUAUCUACAUUCCACCACGGUUGAAGAAGCCAGACAGCAUCAACCGGGUGGAUUUCCUCAAGCAACGGCUGGCCAGCCAGCGGAGGAAUCUGGUCAUAUCCUCCCGGUACCGCAACUGGGCGUUCAAUGAGGAAUAUAAGUUAAUUGCACAGGAUUUGCUCAUCUACGGCCCGUACUUCAUCUGCCUAAUGAUCAUGGUCCUGAUGUCACGGGACGAGACGCAGUAUCACAACACCCGUGGCAUCCGGAGCCUCUUUUGGAACAAUCACACGGAUUACUAUGGCCUGAAGGAGGUGUACUUUCUCAAUCAACUAUACGAUUUUAUCGAGUCCACACUGGUCAUUGCCUUCAAUGCCAACUCGAGCAGGUAUCUUGUCCCUGGUUGGGUGCACGCGGAACAGACGGUGAUGCUGGGAGUGAUUAGAUUGCGACAGUUGCUGGUACUAGAUCCCAAAUUUGAAUGGCUUGGGCCAACGUUCUCCGAGAUGUACUAUUUGCCCAAUUGGACCCUGCCCUAUCGUCGGCUCCACUAUGCGAAGAAAUAUUGGCGCACUUAUGAGCCCUGGAUUCCCUUUACGGAUAACUUCAAGUACCUCGACCGUGUCCUCAUGAAUUUCGACCAUGUGGGAUACCUUCAUAGAUAUCCAGAGCUCGUCGGGUAUGUGAGUCUGCUGGCCAGGAGUGUGCCCAACAACAUGAAGAUCUUGGACUUUCUUAUCGAAAACCAUUGGCUGACCAUGAAUACAUCGGCGGUGUUCUUAGACUUCACACUUUACAAUGUGGACGUAAAUCUUUUCACCAUUUGCACCCUGCGGAUUGAGAAGACCCCAUUCGGUCCGGUAGUGCCACAUAUGGAAGUGGACAGUUUGAGGCUGCUGGAGGAAACGGAUCAGAGAUCAUACACCUCGCUGAUCUUCAUACUUAUCUAUGCUGUGGUCCUGAUCCAAUUCGCACAGUCGCUCGUUCUCAAAAUGUGGUAUGAGCCGCGGCUGCUGAAGGACGUUUGGAACAUGUUGGACAUAAUCAUCCUGGUGCUCAAUGUGAUUGUCAUUGUGCUGGUGCUGGCAGGCGAGUGGCUCGUUAACCACAUGCUUGUGAAGGUGGCCGGAAGCAGUAAGAUGGAUUUCAUUGACUUCCGUGUCCCGUCACGUCUAUACCAGUUGUGCGUUGUAAUGGUUGGCUUCCUCAUCUGCACCACCACGCUCCGGCUGUGGCGAGUGCUGCAGUUCUCCAGCAUGUUCAAGCUCUUCACCCGGAGCUUGUUUCUGGCACGGGCGGGCAUGAUCAGCACGGCAAUGGUGAUCGUCUUGUUCAUUAUGGGAUACGGCUUUGCGGUGGUGAUCAUAAAUGGGAAUAACAGCGAACACUUCAAUCGUGUUGUAAAGGCUAUAGUCAUGUGCAUGUGCUUUGCCUUUGGGUUCAGCAACCAGGUGCGGCCCUCGGAACUAUUCCAUGGCGGCAUGGUGCUGGGUAUUAUCCUCUACGCCAUCUUGGCCUUCGUCGUGGCCGUUCUUCUGAUGAACGUGUUUGCGUCGCUGAUCAAUGACUUCUUUAUCAUGUCCAAGACAAUGCGCGAUGCUGAACCCGAGUAUGGCAUCAACUUCUUUCAGUUCCUGCGGGUCGAGUAUGCAACCUUGUUCGAGUACUUCCUCCGUCUGCCCUGCUUCCGGGGUCGCUACGCCAGGAACAAGCGAACGGUGGCAGAGAAUGUGAAGCGGAAGCUCGAUUCGAUGGAUGCCAAUCGGGAGAUGCGGCAGCGCAAGUUUUGGGGAGAUCAAAUAAUGCAUGAGAAGAAAUCAGAGGAAAUAGAGACAAUUAAUUAUCAUGAUCGUGGCGAGAAGCUUAUAAAAGUGGGCAAGCUCCUAUCCGACCAGCUAAAACUACUCGAAAUCCUCAUGUUCGAUGACGUUGAUGCGGACCUUUUGCAGGAUGAUGAUUAUGAUCUCGAUGUGCAGGAUCCAAAACAGAAAAAGAAGUGUUGCCAGCGCUCCAAGUCAAAGUCAAAGUCCAAGGAUCAAACGAAAGAACCACGUGAAGCCCAGGUCUAAACUUCAUCGAUUAAGUUUAAUUUAUUCUUAGAGUUCAUUUAAAGUUCAAACUAAACCCUGGGAAGUGUAAUCUAUCUAAGGGCUAUGAUUCAACAUUUAAUUAUUCAUUUACCUUGUUUAAGCUGCUUUUCAAAUGGAAUAGAAUUAUGACUCCACUCUCUUUAA